AUGUAAGAAAUUUCAAAGUAAAAUCAAUAGAAAGUAGAUCAUCAUCUCAAACAUUUAUCAUUGUAACUUUAGAAUCAUUAGGGAAUCAAGAAAUUAAAUUAAUUAGGAUGUAUAUAAUGUUCAAGUGAAUACUAUGAAAAGAUUCAUAAUGCUGAAUUUGAAGAAGGAGAAGAGAUUAUUCGAAGUGGAGAGAUAGGGGAUUUAUUCUAUUUAUUAAUUGAAGGAGAAGUUGACGUUAAAAAAACUUAUUUUGGAACAGAAGCUUUGCUUAAUUUACCAUAUAUAUAGACUAUAAAAAGUGUGACAAAAACAAAAUUUGGAACAAUAAGCAAAUAUGAUUAUGAAGAUAUUAAAAGGAAAGCUAAGUUAAAGGAUCCAAAUGAGCAAUUAGAAUUCUUUAGACAAUCAUAAUUAUUUGGAUAAUUAUCUAAAGCAAUGAUAGAAAAAUUGCUAAAAAACUGUUAAAUAGAAAUAUUUGAUAAAAACUAGUUAGUAUAUUAUGAAGGAGAGCCAUCUUCAACAAUAUACUUGGUUAGAGAUGGUAUAUUUUAGUUGUAAAAGAAAAUGGUCGUUGGAAAUAGAUGGAAAAAUAUUACAAUUAGUGAAAUUGGAAUCUAUUAAUUAUUUGGUGACUUAGAAUGUUUAUUGAAUAAAUAAAGAUAUUUCACUGUUAAAUGUUUGAAAUAAGGUAGUUGUUACAAAAUUAGCAAUGAAGAUUUCUAUCAAAAAGUGAUAUCAGAUUAACCAAGUUCAGAAGCUUAAAGAUAUAUAAAUUAAUAUAUAAAGGCAUAGUUACUAAAUAGAACUGAAAGAAUUCAAAGAGUAACUGAGACUUUAGCUCAUAAUAGUGAAUAUUUGAUUGGUUUACCAGAAAUAAAGACAUCAAGCAAUAAAGAUUUAAGUCAAAUAGAAAUGAGAGUACUUGAUAAAACUCAUUCCAGAUAUGCACAAAUAUAUAAUCAAGCAUAUUAGAAAAGAGUUAAGGUUAGGUAUGCUACUAUACACAAAACUGAAGUUGCUGUUCCUAGAGUGACAUCAAAAAAUGAAUCGAUCCAUAAGACUAUUGUUGUUUCUAUAGAGAAACCAGCCAAAUAAUAUAUUUAUGAUGAAAUUAAAAUGCCUGAUAUUGUUUAAAGGAGGUAUCGAGAUUUCCUACCUAAGAGAAAAAAAGAUUUCUGGAUUAUUACUUAAAACAACAAAUCUUCCAUACUUUGA